AGCUCAUUGCUACAGCGAAGCAAAACGGAAACAAUGGGCUCGAGAAACGAGGAGCAAACCCCACCGCACCAUCAGCCUCUUCUCAGCAGCCUCGUCGUCCGUCCCUCCACCAGCGACUGCGGCGGCGCCGGUGGCCGCGGCAGCGAUUACGAGCCCGGCGAGGUCCGUCACGAGCCUCCUCCACCUCAGUACACUCGUCCGGAUCGUUACGCCGGUAACCCUGGAUAUAAAGUACGUGGUGGUUCUGCUUCUCCUGUACGUCGUAGGGAUGCAGAUCAUCGCUACAGUUCUGAGUACGGUCAUUCAGGUGGUCCACAACGCAGUCGUGGGUUUGGCAGUGCACGGGAUCCUGGUCGAUAUCGAGACAACUCACCUUAUGGUCGAGGAGGAAGGGGUGCUGGCAGACCAUUUGGUAGAGGUCUAGAUGGGCCACGGGUUGGUCCUGGGCCGUUCAGAGUUGAAGGGAGUAGAAACAAUCCAAAUGUGCGCCCAAGGGAAGGAGACUGGUUUUGCCCUGAUCCUUUAUGUGGCAACUUGAACUUUGCAAGGCGGGACCACUGUAACAACUGCAACAAGUUCCGUGAUGGACCUGGGGGAAGUCCUCGAAGGGGAUAUCCUGGUGUACCGCCUCCAAAUUCUCCUCCUAGACGCUUCCCUGGUCCUCCAAUUGAUCCUCCCCAUGGAAGACCCUUGAAUGGCUAUAGGUCUCCUCCUCGUGGCUGGGCUAGAGACGGCCCCAGAGAGUUUGGUGCUGGGCUGCCACCUCCAAGGCAUGAAGGCAGGUUUCCUGACCACCAAAUGCGAAGAGAUUGGUUGGAUUACUCAGACAACUAUAGAGGAAGAUCCAAGUUUGAUAGGCCAAUGCCUAUGGAUAGGGGUAAUAGAGAUCGUGGGAGGGAUAGUUUCUUUGAAAGGAAAGCAUUUGAAAGGCGACCACCGUCUCCCCCUUCACCACCACCACCACUUCCUCCUUACCGUGGCCGAUGGGCACAUGAUGCUAGGCAGGGAAGCCGUUCACCGUUAAGGGGUGGUCUGCCACCAAAGGACUAUAACCGGCCUAUGUACAUGGAUCGGGGACGAGAUGAUCGCCGUGGCAUGGGGCGAGACCGAAUUGGAGGUGCAUAUUAAAAGUGUGCCUGGGGCAUGUUUUUCAGGUGUAAUUUUGUCUUCACCAGCUCGAUUUCUGUAUCUGUAAUUUUCUCUUGAGGAGUAAGGAAGGUUGCGCAUAGCUUAGUAUUAGUUCUAGUAUUCUGUACUGCUUAUUUGCGACUCUAAACCGUUUACAUGCUCUCUUCCGGCUCAAUGUUUUGUGGGUGGUGAUGUCGAUAUGGAUUAUACAGUAGUAUUCUCACUUUGUGUUUAUUUGUUAUUUGAAUGCUUCUGGAAAGGAAUGCUUUGUACA